CUUGCGAUCCCAUUUUUCACGUGCAAAUCUUACUACGGACCGAUUGUGGAGUAAACCUAAGUUUUGAUCCAAGAGAAACUAAUUAUCAAAAUGAAGAGGGCAAUUAUUUUGGCGGUAUUUAUACUUGUUUUGCAACCAACAAAAGGUGCCUCUCACUCGGGGCCGCAUGCCACUGUGACUUGUAACGCCGAUCACACUGUGAAUAUAUCGAUCUCAAACGUGGAUGAUGCAGGAGAAUGGGUCCCAAAUGAGUGGACCACAAAGACAGGCUAUGCAGAGUGUGAACCAACAAUUGGUGCUGAUACAGUUACUUAUGGAAAUCUCCCCCUCCCCAACUGUACUUUAGAGUCAAACCAGAAUGCUACACACAUUACUUACAUACUCCGAAUAAACGCUGAAAAAUCUGAUCCUGGUGGUACAGGCCAGUUGCGCGCUUACGACCACAAGUACUACGUCACGUGUACUUACAAUAACACAGGCAGUGCUACAGCGAGUUUUGUGCCGAUCAAGAACCGAGUAGAUAACGAUACAGCGGACGGAGAAUUCACAUUUUCUCUCAACGCGUUUACAGACGCCGCACAUACGGUGCCGGUCACCGGCCCUCUUGAUCUGAAUGUAGACAUUUACUUCAAAGCUGAAGUCACGACUCAAAGCAGCGCACCAAACCUUGACCUGUACCCCGUGAGUUGUAAUUCAUCAAAAAGCUAUGAUCCAGAUUCUACUGAUGGUAGAUUCACUCUAAUAACCAACGGUUGUGGCAGCGAUGGUGUCAGUGAAGAUCUCAGCGACACAUUAUUAUACAAUUGUACCGACGACAGCAUCACGGAAACAUUCUCACUCAAAACUUAUCGGUAUUUUGGAGCCGCUGAAGGAGCCACUGUUUACAUCCACUGCGAUCUCAGAGUUUGCUUGGCAGAUGGAGCCAAUACUGCUUGUGAAUGUCCAGAUGAUGCUGCCUCAUGCGUAGGUGUUCCAUCCACUGAUGUUUCGCGUAGACGUCGUCGUUCAGUCUAUGAUUCAGUGGACGAGUCGCGGCUUCACCAUGUUGUUUCCGGUCCAUUCACUUUUAAGCAGAAACAACCGAACGAAGAUGAAGCUGCAUCUAAAAACCAAGAGGAGACCAGCCAGUCUUUCCAGACAGUAGCAAUUGUUGGGGCAGUUUGUGGUGUUGUGGCUGUAGCUAUCAUUUGCGCUACAGUCUAUCUUGUCAUUCGCCGUCGCAACAAGCACACACAAAAUGGAGAUCUGCACGUGGUCACCUAAACUCCAAACACAAAUAAGCUGUGUUGCGCAAACGAGCGCAUGUUAUGGUUUAGUUAAGAAAUUUCCAUUUGAAUAAUGAGACCCAUGAAGCAACUUGAUAAGGUUUAGUUGAGUUGUGGAUGUUGAGUAAGCCAUUCAUUCACUUUUUUCUUUCAAGCAAAUAAAUGAUCAAUCGGCUUUUUCUUGAGAUGAUGGUAGGAAUCAAUAGCAUUUUCAAAGUUAAUCAGAUUUUUGCUUUUACUUUAGUGUCAAGGUUAAUUUCAAUUGCCGCAACUGUGAAGUCAAAAUACGCUCAAAUUUGCCUGUUACAGCAAAACAGCCCUUCGUUUUAAUCUCUCGUUAUUUCAACACCUUAUAAACUUGCACAAAAGCCUUAUAGACAUCGUAAAGUUCACGCACAAUUUCAGGUGUAGUGAGACAUAUGAAGUGUUCAUUAUGAGUACUUGUGACAAACUUUACAAAAUAUAUGCAGCACAGCAACAGCAACGUCAAAAUGAUACGAAGCUUAUAUAGCUAAUGCUAGUCUUAGUAAGUAUAGCCAAGUCACAUGAGGGCCUAAUUGCUUUUCCCUUACAGCGGCUUAAGCCCUGUUAGUGACGCACCAGCACUAGUGCAAAGUUUAAGAAUUUCUGGAAAUAUCACUGAACAGCAUCUCAAUAAAAUGUAAACACGUGGUGACUUUUAAAAGUAUGAAA